CUGCCCAGUGAAUGAAUGGCUGUUAUCUUCCCCCACGUCUUACACUCCCCCGCUUUCCCUCGCCCUCCUCUUCCUCCCUUGUCUUCUCCACUUCUCUCCCCGUCCUGCAUCCGCGCCUCCUCCGCAUCAGCAUCAUCUCCCAUGGACCCGCACAGCCAAGGGAGCAAAACAAAGUUCAUAGACUUCCCCUACGUGUCGGCCCCACACAAGAACCUCAUGGUCGAUCUUGUAUUGACGUUAGAGACGCGCCUUGGCUCGCAGCUCUUGCCUUGUACUCUCCCUCCCGACGUGCAGUACUACCAGAACGAGAGUGGCACCAACCAUGCAUCCCUCCACAUCAGAUCGGGCCUCUCCUCCGCCCCUGUUGAUUUCAUAUUAGGAAGUUGGCUGCACUGUGAGCUACCAACAGGUGGAGCACUGAACAUUACAAGUCUGUCAUCCUAUCUCAAUCCAACCACAGAUGCACCAAAUUUCCUACUUGAGCUCAUCCAGAGCAGCCCAACAUCCCUAGUCCUCAUCCUUGACCUUCCUCCAAGAAAAGACCUAGUUCUCCACCCUGACUACCUCCAAACAUUUUAUCAAGACACCCAAUUGGACACACCCAGGCAAAAGCUUGAGAAACUUGCUGAGGUUAAACCCUACUUCUCUUCAUCGUUAUACAUCCGAAGUGUAGUGUCUCCAACUGCAAUUUUGGUUCGGAUCGAAGCAGGGAGUGGCGGGGAGGGAAAAGGCUUGGAGGACAUUAUAGAAAAUGAUGUGAGUCCCAUUGCAAAGGAGGUGCUGAGAAUCUGGUUGGAUCAAUGUGCUUGUGGGGAUAGAGAAGUGGGAGAGGAUGAGAGGGAAUAUUUGAAGAGGAGGGAUGAUUUGAUCAAGAGGAAGACUAUUGAGAUAGAUUUGGGGUCUAAUUUUCCAAGAUUAUUUGGGGCUGAUGCUGCAGAUAGAGUAUUGGGUGCCAUUAGAGAAGUUUAUAAGGUAUGAUUAGUGAUGGAAUGAGUGCUAAUUUGAUCACUGUAAAAGAUGAUAAAUAAAAUAAUUGUACAAGAUUUUGUAUAAAUUUAAGCUUCAAAAUUUCAGAUCA